CACAAAUGUAAAAACUAAAACCCACUUCUCACUACUAGCAUUUAUGACUCCUUUUCUUCACAAAGCCACCCUAAGAAAAUCUCAGAAACUAAAAGCACAACAAAAGCAAGAGGAAGACGAAGAAAGUGUAUUCAGCUCUUGAUUUCGCUUCCUUCUUAAGCCAUUUUGAUUACCCUUUUUGUCUCUCUCACACAGUCACACUUCUCUUUGAAGAAACCAUUUUAUCUAUCUUCCAUUUUCCCUCCCUUUUUAGUCAUUUGACGUCACUAGUAUCAAAAUCCGCCAUUAAAACUCCCACAAGAACCCUUACUUUCUCUUUCUGACCCAUUUCUCAACUAUAAAGCUUGUCUCUGUUUUGUGUUUUUUUUUAUAAAGUCUCUGUUUUUAAAGCUGUAACGGCUACAAUGAGAUUUGCUACUCUGUUUUCGGUUUUGCUGCUUCUUCUUCGAUUCGGUUUAAUCGUGGAAUCGAUCAUCGUCCCAGUUGAUUUCUUGGCUCUGCAAGCGAUUCGUAAAUCACUCGAUGAUUUGCCAGGUUCCAAUUUCUUCGAUUCAUGGGAUUUCACCUCUGAUCCUUGUAACUUCGCAGGAGUUUACUGUGACGAUGAUAAAGUAACCGCGCUUAACCUCGGUGAUCCAAGAGCCGGUUCACCCGGUUUAUCUGGUCGGAUUGACCCGGCUAUUGGAAAACUCUCUGCUUUAACGGAGCUCUCUAUCGUCCCGGGUCGGAUCAUGGGUUCGUUACCGCAUACAAUCUCACAGUCAAAGAAUCUUCGAUUUCUCGCAAUCAGUCGGAAUUUCAUCUCCGGUGAGAUUCCAGCGAGUCUAAGCGAGCUUCGGGGACUCAAAACGCUUGAUUUGAGCUAUAAUCAGCUAACCGGGUCGAUCCCUCCGUCAAUCGGAUCCUUACCGGAGCUAUCCAAUCUGAUUCUAUGUCACAAUCACUUGAACGGAUCAAUUCCUCAAUUCCUCUCACAAUCCUUAACCCGAAUCGAUCUCAAGCGCAACAAUCUCACCGGUAUAAUUUCUCUGACGUCUCUUCCGCCGUCGUUACAAUAUCUCUCGCUCGCUUGGAACCAGCUAACCGGUCCAGUAUACCGGGUUUUACUCAGAUUAAACCAGCUCAAUUACCUUGAUCUCAGCUUAAACCGGUUCACCGGUGCAAUCCCCGGUCAGAUCUUCACCUUCCCGAUCACCAAUCUUCAAUUACAACGCAAUUUCUUCUACGGCGUGAUCCAACCGCCGAAUCAGGUAACAAUACCAACCGUCGAUUUAAGCUACAACAGAUUCUCCGGCGAGCUUUCUCCGCUUCUCUCCAACGUACAGAACCUAUAUUUGAACAAUAACCGGUUCACCGGUCAAGUUCCGGUUAGCUUCGUGGAUCGGUUAUUGGCAUCGAAUAUUCAAACACUGUACCUCCAACACAACUUCUUGACGGGAAUACAAAUUAGCCCGGCGGCAGAUAUUCCGGUGAGCAGCUCGCUGUGUCUGCAAUACAACUGUAUGGUGCUACCGGUACAGACGCCGUGUCCGGUUAAAGCCGGUUUGCAGAAAACUAGACCCACAACGCAGUGCAGCGAGUGGCGAGGGUAAAGACGUAAUUUCAAGAAGUUGUUUGAUUUUUCGUGUCUUUCUCCGGUAGAUAACAAAAACGAUUUGUUUAUUCGUUGGUGACUUCGUGAAUUGGUAAAAUGAUAAUGAUGAUGUAUGUCAACUUUAAUUGCAUCACAUUAUACAUAUGCUUCGAAUAAAAUGUUAUGAAUGGUAUUACUUUUUGUUAGAUUUCAUUUGAUGGUAAUGCUGAAUAAAAGUGUCAUUUCAUAAAUUUCCUAAAUCAAAAG